UUUUGACCAUUCGAGUUGUCAAUUAGUGAAGGUGAUGUAUGAUAUUUUGUGCUAAUUGGUAACGUUGUUUAUACUUGUAGGCCUAAAUUCUUUUUCUAAGGCGGAUUGUGAAACAAAUAACUGGUGGAUUAGGAAACUAGAGCGACACGAAUAUUUAUAAGAAGAUUCUAUAUACAUCAACUGUAGCUGAAACAAAAAAUGGCAGAGAGUCCAAAUUUUCCAAGGUAUCCAAGACGCAUCAAGACACGGGGCAUCAAUGGCAGCAAUGAAACAAUACAUCCAAAAAGGAUCUGGAUACCUUUGGAAUACACCGGAACUGGGCAUUUUAACAUACCAUUCACAAAAGUGCAAAAAGCGGUUACAGAAGGUAACAAGAUGAAAAUAGUCGGUGAUGGAAACAAUGGACAUUGUUUUAAAGGCAACAAAAAACAGUAUGAUGAAAAAAAAGCAAAAAGAUUCAGCUGGUUUUCUGUUUUCAUUGAGGAUGAGACACUCACAGAAAUUGAUGAAAGAAGAGGACCGCUGCAAGAUGCCGGAAACUUAUUCUGUCAAGGUCAGUCGCGAUAUGGGACGGAAUUGUUUAUUGUUGAUUUUGAUGAAAUAAUCCAGGCAUAUGAAACUUGUUGUAAGGGAAAAGCCGAGAUAUCUGUUCUGGGAACAUAUGAAUACAGACGAGAAGUUAUGCACGCCUAUGUUAUAGCUCCAGAAGGUGCACGUGUAUUUGAGGACCAUCCACGUGUUGCGACGAGGACAGAGGGUGGAUUUGCUUGGCAUAAUAAUCUGCAAGAAAAAGAGACGACCCUAACAUCACCUGAGCCAGGCAAGUACAGUUGGAAAACAUUUUCAACCAUUGAAUGGGAUGGCUCGUGCAUAGGCGAGGAACGAUAUAAAAAAUGGGGUCACCUGGCAUUUGCUUUUUACUUAGAUUGCUUACCAACUGAAACACUUGUCAUACCAAAUGAUAUCGGAUCUUGGGGAAAAUGUGUUAAAGGCAAACCUUUUCUCGGCACUGAUUUUAUAUCUGCUUAAGAUGAUGUCGACUCAGACAAUGACAUCUUUGCCAAGAUUGAUGGGGACCUGCUUGCAGUAAUGCGGGAAAAAAUAGUAGAAUAUUUUCUCCGCCCUACUACAGUGUAUAUAUUAAUAGACGUAAGAGAGAUACUUUUAUGUAAAUUGCUAGAAAUAUAUACUUGAAUCGUAGUACUGUUUUCAUUUCAAGAGAAUUUUUAAAUAGCCGUGUUUCCUCGGCACUGAACUUCUUAAACCUGAUCUUGAUUCUGUCGUUGCCUUAAAAUCAAAGUUAAAUGUAACUUGUAAUGGUAUAGCUAUUGAAGCAACCACAGCUGUGAAGUAUCUUGGGGUUACUAUAGAUCAGCAUUUGUCUUUUGGUGCCGUGGCCGACUCAGUUAUCAAAAAAGCCAAUGCUAGGUUAAAGUUUCUAUACCGUAAGAAAGAUUUUCUUACACAACAUACCAAAAAAAAAAACUGCUUGUUAUGUCCUUAAUCCAGUGUUAUUUUGAUUACGCUUGCUAUGUCUGGAAUAAUGGAUUAACUCAAGUGUUAAAAAAAACAAGUUACAAACAACUCAAAAUAAGUUACUGAGAUUUGUGCUUAAUCUUGACUCCAGAGCCCAAUGUAGAUCCUAAUCAUUUUAAGUCUAUAAAUUGGUUACCAGUUAGCAAGAGAGUUGAACAAAUCAUGCUGUGUCAUAUCUUCAAGGUUAAAAACACUAGCCCCAGAUUAUUUGGAUGAAUUAUUUGUUCCUCAACAUUUCAUACAUACACAUAGUACAAGACUUAGUCUUAAAGGUGGCUACUGUCUCCCAAAGGUCAAAGCCCAGGUUCAAAAUCUUUUAGUUUCAUUUGUUCUAAACUUUGGAACAGUCUUCCAGAGGAUAUCACUAAAAUUAACAGAUAUCAGACUUUUAAGGUAGCUAUCAAGAGUCAUUUAAUGCAAAGUAUUCACUGAUUGUCGAAUUUUAUGUUUUAACAUGUUUUAAUGUUUUUUACUUUUUUUUAAUGUUUAUAUUUUUUAUUGUUUAAUGUACAAGUUUCGGCUCAGGAAUGUUCUCCUUUUUUUCCAUCUUAUACUGUAUAGUCGCUUGUUUCGCCAUGACAUGCUCUUUUCUUUUACACAUUUAUCAGGACCGUUUUAACAGUUUCAUUUUCGUUUGAUAGAUUAACAAAGACAUAUGAUCAAAUAUUAUCUUACUAUUGGUAACAACGUGAUAAAAUUAAUUUUGUGAUAGUCUGACUGUGAUAAUUUCAAUUUGUGAUAUAGAUGUAAUCUUCAUUUAAACACUAUAAUUGCCUCUCUAUGUCAUGCCACCAUUGCUAAGGACCACAAUGGAAAUAAGAGUUUGCUCUUUUUUGUUUGUUUGUUUUGGGUUUAACGCCGUUUUUCAACAGUAUUUCAGUCAUGUAACGGCGGGUGCUCUUUUUUUGUGUUAAUCCUUGGCAAUGGGAGCAUGCCAUGGUUUUCUUUUGCAUAAUAUAGUAUUUAAUGAUGCCUAUUGUUUUAAUCUAUAUUAUGUUUGUUUACCAUGUAUAUGUUAUUCGUUUGCCGAAAUAAAUCUAUCUAUCUA